AUUUUCGAGUCAUUGCUAGUCCGUAUCAACCAUUAUUCGGCCAUAUGUCUGAUUCAGAUCAUUGUCGAUUCAGGUCUUCACAAAUUUUGACACCUCUUUUACCCCGCAGUUCCACACAUACACCCAAGUACUCAACAUAUAAAAUCAGCAUCUCCUUAAAAAAAAACCUCGAAUUCAGCCAACAAUGGUGACACGAAGAUUAACAGAGGUAUCAACCAGCGACGACGAAGGAGCUCCCAAGCCCUCCAGCAGCGACGAAGACACCAUCCCUUUGCACAAACGCCGCCAUCGCCGGAGUCGCACCAGCAGCCGCCGUGCGCCGCCACCACCACCUCCUAAGCGCCGGAAAAAGGUGCAAAUUCCCGACGAAGAUGAGGAUGAAGAUGAACUACUUGAAGAAGAAGCCGGGAAUUUAGAGAAGGAAGUUGAGGAAGAUGAUGAUGAAGAGGAGGAAGAAGAAGAGGAGGAGGCUGUUCAGGAAGAUGCUAAGCCUAUUGGUGAUGUAAUUAGGGUUUCUGGGAAAGGUAGAGGUCAGAAGAAACAUUAUAAGGAGUUUGAAUUUGAUGGUAAUCGUUUUGAGCUGGAAGAUCCUGUGCUAUUGACUCCAGAGGAUAAGAGUCAAAAGCCUUAUGUAGCAAUCAUCAAGGAAAUAACUCAGUCCAAAAAUGGGAACAUGAUGGUCACUGGACAGUGGUUCUACCGUCCUGAAGAAGCUGACCGGAAAGGUGGCGGAAGCUGGUUAGCUCGUGAUACAAGAGAGCUUUUUUAUAGUUUCCACAGAGAUGAUGUUCCUGCAGAGUCUGUGAUGCACAAGUGUGUAGUCCAUUUUGUGCCAUUAAAUAAGCAGCUGCCCAACCGCAAACUACACCCUGGCUUCAUUGUACAGAAGGUGUAUGACACUGUGGAAAGGAAGCUAUGGAAGCUCACCGAUAAAGAUUAUGAGGACGGAAAACAGGAGGAAAUUGAUGUCUUGGUGCAGAAAACAAUUUCCCGUCUUGGUGAGCUUCCUGACAUUGAGAUAGAGGAAAUUCCUCCAGCUUCGUUGGAAGAGCUUGUAAAAAACAAGCGAGCGCUGAAGAAGCGGCACCUAUCUCCAGUAGAUGUGUCAAAGGUGGAUGAAGGGUCACUUAAAUCUCCCAGAGUUGAGACCCCAGGUAGCUGUGUUGCCAAUGCAUCCAAAUAUUUCUCCAUCUUGGCUGAAGCAAAGGCACUGACAAAGGAGAUGCAGCGAGAUAAAUGGUUGGAAAAGCUUCUCCAAGGAGUUGAGUCUGUAUGUUCUUCAACUGACAAUUCUAACGUGGAUAAGGAAUUUCGAGAAGAGAGUACGAAGGGUAUCAAUAGCUUUACAUGGCCAGAUUCUGCUGUUUCAGCCAUUGUAGCUUUGGAGAAGGCUUCACAUGAGGCAUUUAUAUCUGAUUUUAGCAAAUACAACCAGAAGAUGAGGCAGCUGUCUUUCAAUCUCAAGGGUAAACUAGCCAGGCGACUGUUGAGUGGAGAAUUAGAACCUUCGAAAAUUUUGAGCAUGACACCGACUGAACUGAAGGAGGGUUUAACUACAGAGGAAAUAACUUGUAAUCAGCCUGAGGAGGCAGCAAAAAUGCAGAUGACUGAUGCUCUUUGCAAGAGGUGCAACGUGAGGAAAGUUGGUCUUGUAGAUAUCAUACAAGCAGGUCAUGGUGAUCGCUAUCAGUUGGAAUGUGUUGCUUGUGGUAAUAUGUGGUACGCUUCGAGAGACGAGGCAGCGAUGCUGACAAUUGAUGGUCCCAGCACUGGUCCCAGUGUUGGUACUGCACCAUGGGCUACAUCAAAAUUCGAAAAUGUAGAGAAAAAGAAGAUAAUUAGUCCUCGUGAUGCAGACAAGGCAGAUACGGCAAAGAAAAGCAUUGAAGGUUCCACUCCAGUUUUGGAGACUCGGAAAUCUUUCAACAAGUCCAAGAGUGAUGGCAUAACAUCUCCUAGAAACCCCAAGUAGCUGCUGUACGGCAUCGUAGUUUAGCCCUAACCUCAAUUGGACAGAAUCAUUACUGUAAAGCGUUGUAUAUAUACUACUCCGUGUGAUUAUACACCCAGAAGGCAGUCCACAUAGCCAUCAGAUCCUUAGUUAGCUAGGGAAUAUAGAAAGAUUGCGAGUCAGGUUAUCGGCUCUUCUAUUGCAAGAGCAAUGACCCUCGGAUUCACUGAUAAUACCAUUUAAUGGUGUAAAGAAGUAGGUUUAUCCUCUUUAUGUCUCCUAUUUGUUUUAGUACUGUGUUUUUUCUAACCAAACUAAUGUCAAUUAUGUUUUCCAUGAAUACAGCUGAUGUAAGCUGGAGGAUGAAUGUAAUGCGAGUCAUUAUUUUUUCUACUUGCAAACCACCGUAUUUCAUUA